UCGACGGCUCUCACAAACCCCGCCUGAAGCACCUGAAUUUGUUAUCAUUUAAGAUGUCGACCGAGAGUACCCCAAUUGCUCUGUGUAGGCAGGCUGAGACCUUCUUUAGUAUAAAUGUUUCCGCAAAUCCUACAAUCCCAAGUUCUUGUCGAAGGGCCUGCGAUGAUAGGUUCUUUCGAACAAGAAUCAGGGUCGAAUGGUUUGGAAAUAGGCAGGGAACCCGUGACACCCGAGCUUGGCAAACAAGACCCAAAUAGGGGUCGUUUUGGCCUCCCGACUCCGGAUACUACACCAGAAUCUCGAAGAAUAGCAUCUGGACACCAUCAACAAGGUUUCGCCCGUCCUGUCAACCAAAGGGAUACCGCUCCUGAUACACCACCAACUUCAUCAAGGGCCCCUUCGACCGAAGAGAUCACGACUCUUAGAAACAACUCGCAGGAAUCUAUUCAUAACGAGACCACAGACCAACCAUCUGAACGACCUAAUUUGCUAUCAGCACCGGAGCCGCAUAUAAACCAAGACAAUAAACAUUCGGUAUCUGUUAUAAAAUUGGUGUUCAACUCGCUCAUCAGCGUACUCAAUCUGGCAAAGCAACGCAAGUCCCGGGCAGAUGAUGCCCGGGUGCAGAGAAUGAUCACUGUGAUCAAAGACGUGCCGAAGACAAAACGUACGCGAGUUGUGAAUUUGACGAACAAACUUACUGCUAAGCAGUACGGGCAACUUCUUAAAGCCAUAAAGGACUCUAAAGAUGACGAGUUUCGGUUCUACUGCGAAGAAAAGCUCCGAUAUGAUUAUACGCGGCAUAGAAAGGAAUUCGAAAUCCGAAUGCCUACUACUAUGCAUGAAGAGUUGGGGGACUUUAUUAUGGAUCAAGUAUCAGUAUGGAGGCAAAAUCUCAGAUCAUCAAGUGAUCCGGAAGUCGUCAAAGCAGCAAAUUCUAUCAAAUCAUCAGGCAGUGCAGAUAUAAAUUUCCCCUUUGCCAAGGGAGAAGGCGACAAAAGAUCGCCAGACAAAUCUUUCAGGCAUAAGAAUUGUGAAUGCAAACCUCGAUGUGUCCAUCCAACCUUGGUCGUCGAGAUUGCAUGGACCCAAGAGCAGAAAUACUUGCAGAAUAAAGCCGAGGCUUAUAUACGCCGUUCUCAGGGCCAAAUCCGGACUGUUAUUUCCGUGCUAAUGCGCAAGAUGUACCAGGCCGAGCUGAAGAAUGAAAGCAGACUAUUCAAAGCAUACAUGAAAGAAGAGACAGACGACAAUGCGUCGUAUUCAAGCGAUGAGAAGAACGAGACGGGGGAAGCUUCCAUUCUAGUAUGGCGAGCUGUCACGCGUCGAAAUGGCACAAUAGACGCCGUUUGCGUGCAGGAUGAGAAAUUCCGAGACGAGGCAGGCAGACCAAUACCAGGGGUUUCUCUACGCCUUCCACUUCGAGAUUUCAUCUGCAAGGGCAAUAUGGACUCUUUAUCAGGAGAUCUCGCAGAAGAACUCGAGAUAUCGUCCGAAGCUCUCUGCGAGUCCAUCGACGACACUCUGAAGGACUACCGGAGAGAACGAGAUGAGGUGAAGAAGGAAGAGGCAGAGGGAAAGAAGGAGAUGCAAGCACAGGAGGCUGCGCAAAAGAGCUCGGGGAAAAAGAAAGAAACGAGAACGCGGGCUCUCGCUGGCCGCGUGUCUGAUGAUAAGGGGAUCUUGGGUCGUAUCAGCGAACAGGGCAGACUGGUGUCAACUAGAUUUAAGAGGCAGGGGGUCGGAAGGUAGCGUGAGAGGAAACACAUAAGAGCAAAAAGCUACUUGGAUAACAGGAUUAUGGAGUGAGUCUCGUAGGCGUACUUAGUGGUUUGUUUCAAUUGAUCUCAGAAGACUUGGCUACUUCAGGAAACACUGGCUGCGACCAAAAUGCCUGCCUCUGUACCUGCAGCCUCAAACCUUCCGUCUUAUUCGUAGCACCUUAGCAAGCAGGUCUAGCAUGAUCUAUGCAUAAGUUUAUUACAAAUUCACAUACGUAAGCCUAUUCAAGAUGUGGUUGGCGUGCCCAAAACCAUCGGAUAUUUACAUUCUUGAAGUGGUCGAGGCGAGAUGGUGGCUUGUUCGGUAAGAGACAGGAUCUAUUGGCGACCGAUCUCCAUAUUUUAGCUUUGGAUAGCCCGGGGCACUAUCUACAGAGAUGCCGUCUGCGGCCCUCUCUAGAUUUGGUUGAUCAAUACCUAAGUAGUAGAUCAAGCG